ACCUUCCUCUUCCCCAUUUUCUCUCUCUUACUCUGCGCCAUUUCUCUUUCUCUCUCUACCAGCCCUCUCUCUCUUGCUCCGAAGUUUUUUUUGUGAAGGGCCUAGGGUUCAGGCGAUCUUCCUCUCAUCGAAGGUUUUUGUAGCAGGGCCUUGUGUUUCCUGUGAUUUCUAGGGUUUUGGAAAAUGACGACCAUGGAGAGCUUGAUCGGCCUAGUGAAUCGGAUUCAGAGAGCUUGCACUGUUCUCGGUGACUAUGGUGGGGAUAACUCUUUACCCACCCUAUGGGAAGCUCUCCCUUCUGUUGCGGUGGUUGGCGGCCAGAGUUCUGGUAAAUCUUCAGUUUUGGAAAGCAUAGUUGGAAGGGAUUUUCUUCCUCGUGGAUCGGGUAUUGUUACAAGGAGGCCAUUGGUUUUGCAGCUUCACAAGACAGAGGAAGGCCAGCCUGAGUAUGCUGAGUUCCUCCACCUAACCAAGAGGAGAUUCACUGAUUUUGCUCUUGUACGCAAGGAGAUUCAGGAUGAAACCGACAGGAUGACAGGAAAGUCAAAACAAAUAUCUCCAAUUCCUAUACAUCUCAGCAUCUAUUCUCCCAAUGUUGUCAACUUGACACUCAUAGAUCUGCCGGGUCUCACAAAGGUUGCUAUAGAGGGACAGCCGGAGAGUAUUGUUGGGGAUAUUGAAAACAUGGUUCGCUCCUAUGUUGAAAAGCCCAACUCGAUCAUACUAGCAAUAUCUCCAGCCAAUCAAGACAUAGCAACUUCAGAUGCUAUCAAGCUUGCUAGAGAAGUUGACCCCACAGGCGAGAGGACAUUUGGGGUCCUGACAAAGCUUGAUCUGAUGGACAAGGGGACAAAUGCAUUGGAAGUUCUUGAAGGGAGGUCGUAUCGGCUGCAACACCCAUGGGUUGGAAUUGUUAAUAGAUCACAAGCGGAUAUUAAUAAGAAUGUUGACAUGAUUGCCGCUCGCCGAAGGGAGAGAGAGUACUUUGCCACGAGUCCUGAUUAUUCUCAUCUGGCUAGUAAAAUGGGUUCAGAAUAUCUUGCUAAACUUCUCUCGAAGCAUCUGGAGGGAGUUAUUAGAGCAAGGAUACCGAGUAUCACAUCCUUGAUAAACAAAACCAUUGACGAACUUGAAUCUGAGAUGGAUCAUCUUGGGAGACCUAUUGCUGUCGAUGCAGGGGCACAGUUAUACACAAUCUUGGAGCUUUGUCGUGCUUUUGAUCGUAUAUUCAAAGAGCAUCUGGAUGGAGGGCGACCAGGUGGAGAUCGGAUCUAUGGAGUCUUUGACCAUCAACUCCCUGGAGCUCUGAGGAAGCUUCCAUUUGAUCGCCAUCUCUCACUCCAAAAUGUGAGGAAGGUGGUAUCAGAGGCAGAUGGUUAUCAGCCCCAUUUGAUUGCUCCUGAGCAGGGAUAUAGGCGGCUCAUUGAGAGUGCCCUCAAUUACUUUAGAGGCCCAGCUGAAGCAUCUGUAGAUGCAGUACACUUCGUCUUGAAGGAGCUUGUUCGAAAGUCAAUUGGGGAAACACAGGAGUUGAAGCGGUUUCCUACCCUUCAAGGUGAACUAGCAGCAGCAUCCUACGAAGCUUUGGAAAGAUUUCGAGAGGAAAGCAAAAAGACAACGCUGCGGUUGGUGGAGAUGGAAUCUUCUUAUCUAACUGUUGAUUUCUUUCGGAAGCUUCCACAGGAAGUGGAGAAAGGUGGAAAUCCUACAGCCCCCACCAUUGAUCGCUACACAGAGGCUCAUUUGAGGAGGAUAGGUUCCAAUGUUUCCGCUUAUGUGGGGAUGGUCUGUGAGACCCUCAAGACCUCCAUUCCGAAAUCUGUGGUUUAUUGCCAAGUUCGAGAGGCCAAACAAUCUUUGCUCAAUCACUUCUAUACCCAAGUGGGCAAGAAAGAGGGGAAACAGCUAGCAGCUUUGUUGGAUGAGGACCCAGCACUUAUGGAGCGAAGACAACAGUGUGCCAAGAGGCUCGAGCUUUAUAAGUCUGCAAGGGAUGAGAUCGAUUCUGUGUCAUGGGCUAGGUGAAGAGAGAGGUUUUUAUUGUACCAUAGCAAGUUCUUUUUGCUUAUUGUUCUUGGAGCCGCGUUAGUUCUGUUUAUAUGUAGCUGUGGAAACUGGAGUUGUCUUUAGCUUGGAUAUGGCUGUUGACUGGUUAUUUGUUUGUUGAUUUACUUUCAGGAUCUCUAUCAUUCUUCUCAACGUUUGUGUACUCUUCUUUUUGUAUGUUCGGAUGUUGUACUUUGAGGAUGUCUAUUCUUUGCAAUGGUCUGACCCAUUUGUUUUA